AUGUGUAAAGUGGAUCCUCUGAACUGCCCCAAAAAGAAUUCCCUCCACGUUCUCCAUGAGUGGUACCGGACAGGAGACUUCAUCAUUGGGGAGGUUACUUCUCUAUUCAAUGUCCAACUUCACAGUUUUGAGUUUGACAGACCUCCUUCGCAGCAGUUAUCUGACCCUCCAGAAAUGUUGACAAAAUUCUACCAACACAUCCUGGCCUUGGUGUUUAGUGCUCAAGAGAUCAAUGAAAACCCACACAUUUUACCCAAUGCUACGCUUGGUUUCCACAUCUACGAUAGCUACAACAAUGCAAAGAUGAUGUAUCGCAGCACCUUGGACCUGCUCUUCAAAAUGCAAAAAUCUGUCCCUAAUUACAUAUGUUAUAGAAAGAAAAACCUCAUUGCUGUCAUUGGUGGAGCUGAUGCAGAUAGCUCUUUCCGUAUGGCAGAUAUUUUAGGUCCCCACAAAAUUCCUCAGGUAUUGCCCUUGUCCAUUUGCAAUGACCACUGCUACCCUGGAUAUCACAAGCGGAAGAAGGAAAGAGAGAAGUUCUGUUGCUAUGAUUGUGCUCCCUGUACAGAAGGAAAAAUCUCACACAUGAAGGAUAUGGUGGACUGCAUCAGAUGCCCUAAAGACAAAUUUCCCAACAAGGACCAGGACCAGUGCAUUAACAAAAUCCUAAGUUUCCUAUCUUUUAAAGAACCUUUAGGUAUCACUUCAACAGCUGCAGCAGUUUUCUUGUCCCUGACUGCAGCUUUAAUGCUAAGAACUUUCUUUAAGCAUAGAAACACCCCCAUAGUAAAAGCCAACAACCGGGAUAUCACCUAUAUGCUCCUUAUCUCUCUCCUGCUCUGUUUCCUCUCUUCUUUGCUAUUUCUUGGAGAACCAGACAAGGCGACUUGCCUCUUACGACAAACUGCCUUCACUAUCAUCUUUACAAUUGCUGUUUCUUCUGUACUAGCCAAAACCCUCACUGUGGUUGUAGCUUUCAGGGCCACAAAACCAGGGUCUAUCAUAAGAAAAUGGGUUGGGAAAAGACUGGCCGGCUUCAUCAUUGUUUCUUGUUCUUUCAUUCAAGCAAUCAUUUGCUUGAUGUGGCUCAGAAUUUCACCCCCUUUCCCAGAUCUUGACAGGCAGUCACUUGCUACAGAAAUUGUGUCAGAAUGUAAUGAAGGGUCUCCAAUUAUGUUCUAUAUUGCCCUGGGCUACAUAGGACUUCUAUCUGUCAUCAGUUUGAUCAUGGCUUUUCUAGCCAGGAAGUUGCCAGAUAGUUUUAAUGAAGCCAAAUUCAUCGCAUUCAGCAUGCUCAUCUUUUGCAGUGUCUGGGGGUCUUUUGUUCCAACCUAUCUUAGCACCAAAGGGAAAUACAUGGUGUCUGUGGAAAUCUUCUCUAUCUUGACCUCCGGUGCUGGACUACUGGCUUGUAUCUUUUUGCCCAAAUGUUAUAUUAUUCUGCUGAAGCCUGAGUUGAACGAGAAGCAUCUUCUAAUUCACACAAGGAAUUAA